AUGGAUGCCUCUGAAGAGCGCGGAGAGCUGGAGGCGCGGACGCAGUCUGCCGACGCGCAGAUGGACGUGGAGGGCGGAGAGGGGGAGGAAGAACGGGAAGAUGAAGGUCAUAUGGAGUCUGGGAGCGACGAGCGCGAGGAAGAAGACCAGGAACAGGAGGAGGAAGAUGAAGAAGCCCAGGAGCGCUUGAUGCUUGCCGAGGCGAAGAAGCUCGUCGUGGAGUUGAAGCAGAAUCCCUGGAGAGGGUCAGACGGCGCCCUCAGUUUCAUGCGCCUCACCGAACUGUACAGACACCUCGGCGAAUACGAAAAGCUGAACCGGACGGCGCGGCGGCUCUGCGCGUACUGCCCUGUCGGCGAGGACUUUCUUCUCUCGUGGCUGGACGAGGAGAAGCGCCUGGCGCGGCUGCUGUCGAGCGGCGGGGACUCGGCGCCGUUCACCUCUUCGCUAGCGCUGUCCCGCGAGCAGCACAGCCACGUCGCGCGAACUUUCCGCCUCGCGCGCUUCGUCCUGCCCUCUGUCUCGCUGGCUCUCGCGCAUCUCCGCUUCGAGGAGGCGAGCUGCGUGCCGGCGGCGUCGCUCGCGCCGGCCUUCGCGGCUGCGGCGCUGUCGCCCUCCGCACGGCGGCGGGUAUCGCCCAGGGACUCCAAAGCCCCGGGGGCCUCAGACGAGGCCCGCGACGAGAAGAAGUCGCGGGAGACUGCGGCCGCGGUCGCCUCGAGCCGCGCGAAGCAGAAAGUCCGCGAGUUGUUUGAAGAGGCGCUGGACGACUUUGCGCUCCACGCGCUGGACGGUCCCUUCCUCUGGGCCGCCUACCGCCACUUCGAGGGCACGCUUCUGGACGCGCUGCGCGGCUGGCGGGAGAAAUUCGAGGCGGCGAGGCGCCGCGAGGACGUCAAAGGGGGGUGCAGGCGCGACCGCGGGGGGGCGGAGGGUGCGGAAGAAGAACGCGAACUCGAUCGCGAAAUCGCAGAGCAAAUGCAACGCAUUCAUCUCCUCUUUUGUCGCCAGCUCAGACUCCCGCUCGCCGGCCUGGGAGACCUCCUUGACGAGUACCGGCUGUGGGAUUCCGAGGUCUUUGGGAGUCCGCCUGACCCUUCAGUCAGCAGCACCGAGGAGACAAGGAAGCGCCGCGAGUGGCUGGCGGAGGCGGAGGCGGCGCACGCCGUCGGCCUCGCAGUCUGGAAGCAAGAGCGAAAAGACUUCGAAAUCGAAGUGCAAAGCGCCCUCGAUGACGACCAAGCGAACCGGCAAAUCUCGUGUACCGAGCGCGUCUGGAAGGCGUACGUGGCCUCGGAGCGGCGGUCUGGCGACCCGCGGCGCUUCUACGCGACGACUUUGCGCGCAUUGGAGGAGCUCGGCUCAGUGCAUCUGCAGCUCUGGCGAGACUCGGCGGACGCGCUCUACUCGCUCUCUCUCGAGGCCGCCGCGCAGGCGCAGCCUGAGGAAUCCCAGAAGAAGUGGAGUCUCGCGGAGAGCUGGUGUCUGCUGCCCGCGGAGGAGGACGCGCCAGAAGAUGAAGAAGAGUCAGCCGCGACCGCCGGGCGGUGCGUUGGGCUCAGGGCCUGGCUUCUGGAGAAGGAGCUCGUGCUCCUGCAACGCGGCAUCCGCCACUUCCCACGCGACACGUCGCUGUGGACGCGGUAUAUUCAGUGCGCGGCGGAGUUUGUGUGCGACGCGCAGCAGCUGCAGACGAUCCGCGACACGGCCUUGAAGGCUCUGAACAUGGCGCCGCUCUCUCUCCCCGCCGGCGCGGGCCCGGAGGCCGCCGGCGCGGGCUCGCCCGCGGCGUCUGCGCCGGAGGAGCGGCGCGACGUGGAGAUUCAGCUGGCGUUCGCGAAGGGCCUUGUCACGCUCACGAAGCGCGUGGCGGCACGCGCCUCCCCGUCGGGCGACAGCAGCCUGCUGGGAGAGCUCUUCCGGCAGCGCCGAGAAGCCUUCGACUGCGCGAUCGCCCUGGCGGAGUCAAAGGCCGCGACCAACGGCACGGCGCCGUCUCCGCCGCCCUCUCGGCCGGCGAGUGAGGCCUCUGCGACCUCCGCCGGCGCACCGAACGGGCGCCCCGGCUCGGCUGCAGGCGAGGCGCUGGACGCAGCGGCGGCGCCCGCGUCGCCGCUCGCCUUGUCUUCUCAGCUGCUGCUUGAAUCGCUUGUCGGCCGCACGAAGGGCGAGGCAGAUCUUCUCCACGCACUCGCGCCGCGCGUCUUCUUCGCGGUCCAGAAGCAGUCGCGGGCGGAGGUCAUCGCGGGGAGCCUCGCGCUCGCCGCGAAGCUGCGUGCGGACUUCCCCCAGGAGACGCGCGCCUGGCUGGCUGCUGGCGCGCUUCUCGCUGAGCUCGUGCGUCUACCCGAGCGCGAGAAAGACGCGCAGGGCGAGUCCGGCGGCGCUGCGCAGCUGGGCGACUCAGACUUAGCCGCGGGCGACGCAGCAGGCGCAGGCCCCGAUGAGGAGAAGGUGCUCCAGUUCGUUGCCGAUUGGAUGCCCGCGGCCGUGGCUGCCCUCGCGGGCGACGAGGCUGAUCGCGUUGCAGCGCGCGAAGAACUCCUGUCGCGGGGGCCGCGGCUGGCGUCGCCGGCGGUUCCUUUCGGGUCGUCCUACUCCGCGCCGCUCGCGUCGGCAUGCGACGCGUUUUCGCGGUCUUCUUCCGCCUCGCUCUCGGCGCGUUCGCCGUCGCAGUCCCGCGCGUCGUCGCAGCCGUCAGGGGUCUCCUCGCCGUCGCACUUCGGCUUGAAGAGGGAGAAGAAGGCUCGCGGGGGAGAGGGCGAGGAGGGCGCCGCGUCGCCGACCGUCGUCAGCCGUGACUCCUUCUGCCGGCCGGGGUCGGAGUCCUUCGCGGCACCGCAGUCGCAAAAACGCGACAAACUGUGGGGCAGCGGCGGCGCCCGCAAGGCCGGCGCCCCGAGCGGAGACACUCUGGGCGAGGACGGAGACAGGGCCCUCGCGCUCAGCCCCGGAGCCGGCCCGGCCGACGACGACGCCCAGAAGGAGCGAGCGGCGGUGUGUCUUUCUUCUAUUCUGCGGCUGCGGAAGAAGCGUCAGAGGCUCCAGGGCGAGACCGACUGGGAGACGUCUUCAGACUGUUCCACAGACAGCGUGGCGGUGGCAGUGGCGUCCUCGGCGUCGUGCAACUCGCCCGAGUUGCUUGCAUCCUCUUCGCUCUCGCUGCUGCAUCCGUCCGCGGCGGCGGCGCUCAAGAGCCCCUCGGGGGCGGCCGGUGUCGGCGGAAGCGCGGGCGCGGGCGCCUUCUCCUCGCCGCUCGCCUCUGCAGUGGCGACCUCGGGGCCGGAGUUCGCGGCCGCGACGGCGCUUCCGCCGCUGCUGCUCACACCGGCGCUCGCCGGCGCCGCGAGCCCGGGCAGCUCGCUGGCGUCCUGCGCGUCGCCCAGCGCGGCGCUGGGUGCGCUGAAGAAGAAGCUGCGCAGCAGCGCGGGCGCAGUGGUCGGUCUGGGACCCGGGAUCGAGGCCCGCGAGGGCAAGGAGGCAGUGGGGGGCGGGCGAGCGCCGAGCAGCAGCGGAGCCAGCAGCACGAGCUCCAACAGUCCGCGGAUUGUGUUGAGCGGCGGCGGCGGCUCUCCGGCGCUCGCGCCCUGCUGCGCAUCGUCGUCGCCUUCGUCCUUCUCGCGGUCGGCGUCUCCGCGCACGCCGCUCUCGCCGUCGCUGCGGUCCUCCCGCUCGCCGUCGCCGCUCUCCUCGCGGCGGAACUCGGGGGUGUUCCUGCCGCUCUUUGCCGAGCGCGCGGCCGCCGCCGACAAGGGCUGCUUCGCCGCCGCAGCCGCGUCUGCGGUGCUGUCGCCCGAGGAGAUCGAGCGCGCGACGCGCGCCACCUGGGACGGCCGCGAGUCCGCGGACCCAGCGCUCGCCCCGCCUGUCCCGCCCUCCUCGCCCAAGUCGUCUCCGAGUCUCCUUCCCGCCUCGGGGCCCUCCACUGCCUCGUGCGCCGCGGCUCUGUCGCUGCCGGCCGGCGGGCGCCGCGGCGGCGCGUCGUCGCGGGUCUCAGACUCGGGCGACGAGAGCCAAGGCAGCGAGCGGGCGAGGCUCUCCGCUGCAGAAGACAAACACGUCUCCGCGGCGCAGGCGGGCUCCGCGGAGGACGCGCGGCGCGCAAGCAGCAUGCCUCCGCCGCCCUUCACGCCGCGGAGACAGGGGCGGAAGGUCGGCGGCGCGCGCGAGGCGCGGGACGACGAACGGCGGAAAGGCAGCGCCGAGAAGACCGACGACGAGGCGCGCACCGAGCGGAAGCGCGGCGGGCCAGAGGCCCGGGAAGGCGAGAGCACGGAGGCGGACGGCGACGCGGUUGCGGGCGACGCGUGCCGAGAAGAAAAGCGGAGGAAGCGAGGGGCGGAUCGAGAGGGUCGAGAGACUGGAGAGAGUCUUGCGAGACAAGGGCUGCGAAGAGACAGCCAAGACACAGAGGGACGACAGCUGAAGCCAGGCGCGGAGGCGCGAAGCGAGGAACCGAAGCCCCGACAGGAAGCAAAGUCGCCAGAGGAAAGGGAACACGAAGGCGUCGUGCCGAGACGCGGAAAACAUAUUCACCAACUCCGAGCUGCGCAGGAAGCGACGCUGGACGCGGUCAUGGGCGAGGCCGCGGAGGGGCGCGAGUCGCUGCCCCGUGACGAGGAGGCCGCGCGCGCAGCGGCGUUCAUGGCGGAAGUCGAUGAGAGCCGGACGGUGUGGGUCUCGAAUCUCGACGAAUCCGUCUCAGAGCAGGAUCUCCUGUUCCUAUUCAAGUCGCAGUGCCGCGGCUUGACUGCGGUGCGUUUGGUCCAGGAUUUCCGCCGUCGCUCGAAGGGCUUUGCGUACGUCGACUUCGAGACGCCGGCGCUCGCGGCGGAAGCGGCGUCGCGGAUGCACGGGACGAAGCUCCACGAACGGGCGAUAAAGGUGCUUGUUUCGCACCCGACGCGGGCGCUCUACGAGGAGAAAACGCUGUUUCUAUCGCAGAUUUCAGACAGCCUGCAGAGCGAGGAGGACGUCAAAAGCGCGCUGGAGAGCCUCGGAUUCGCCGACGUCACCGGCGUCCGCCUCAUCCGCGAGGCCGCCGCGCUGGGGGAAGGAAAAGCCAAGUCGCAGCGAAGCGCCGAGUCACACCCUAAAGCGGGAAAAUCUGCAGAGGACGUCGCCAUGGAGGCCGCAGCGAACCCCCGUGAACACCCGAGAAAGCAUAAAGGGUAUGGCUACGUGGACUUUCUGUCUCACGACGCCGCGGUUGCGGCCUUGCAGUUUUUUCUUCGGCGCCGCAAACAAGGAGAGAGACAAGAGGCUAAGGACGGCGCGGCUGCAGACCAAGGCGACGCGGGAGACGCGAUGCUGUUUGGAGGGAAACCGUUCAUGCUCGCCCCGUCGAUCCCGAUGAAGAAACAUCGCUGGAUUUUAGCGCCGCCAAACAAGGCAAGCCUCACGACAGCCUACUCAAGGCUACACGAGGUUUUGAGGCGCGAGCAAGAGAUCCGGAAAGAGGCGCCCGUGGAUGCCACAACGAUCUUUGUGAAAAAUCUCGCUUUUUCGGUUGAUGAAGAGGGCCUAUCGAAUCACUUUGCGUCCCUCUGCAACGUGACGCCGUCGCACACCGUCGUCUGCAGGGACGGCAGCGGGAAGUCGCGCGGCUUCGGAUUCGUCAAAUUCGAGAAGGAGGCCGACGCACUGGCGGCGAUGCUCGCCAACGACUCAAACCUCAGCGGCCGCUGCAUCACGGUCUCCCGCUCGAUGCGCAGCAUCACGACGCCCGAACAUCCGUCGCCGCGCGCGCCUGCCGGCGGCGGCGCGGGCGCGCGCGCUGUUGGUCGGCAGCGCCCUGGCUUGGGGUAUCGCGCGGCGUCGCACGCCAGCCAGCAGAGGCCUCGUCUCGCACUCGCGCAGACAGAACGAAAACAGGACCCAGAGACUCCAGGCAGCGCUUCCCGGCCCCCGGCUGCCGGCGCCGGGGAUGGAGGCGAAAACGCGGGCGAGGCGCGAGCGAAAGUCGCAGAGAAGGGCGCGGAGAAGGGCGCGGAGGGAGAGAAGAAGAAGACAAAUGCAGAUUUCAGGAGACUCUUUCUCUCAGGAGGUCUUUAA